AUGGUCGAGCUAGCGUGCGACAAGCAAGCCAGGGAUCUUGCGGCAGAACGAGAACGCAACGAUGAGCUGGCCCGAUCGAUGACAGAGCUGAGGCAGCGGCUAUUCGCAGCGGAGUAUGCCCUACGAGAAAGCCGUGCCAGACAACGACGAGCGCCGAAGUCUGGUAGUGUCACUGAGCUUGUUAGAGAAGUACAAGGCUUACCGGUAGUGCAACCACAGCCUGCACAGGUCCACGAGGAGAGACGUGAGCGCUGCGAGUCGACCGCAAGCACAAGGCAUAGCGGUAUCCCGAGCACUACGUCACCCAGUCACCCACACGCAUCCAUGCCAGUACCCGCACCACGAAAGCACCGUCGCGACACGAGUGCACGUGCACGCGGCUACAUGACAGUCUCAGACUCCGACUCAGAGUCAGGGCCACGUGGAUACUCUAGUGCCAGAGCUACGGAGACGUGUACCGGUGGUAAGGGCGCAGCAAGUAAUGCGAGUGAGGUCGAAGACGCGUACAUGAGUGGUUGUACCUCUACUACCGGUACUAUUACUGGCAGCACAGUUAACAGCAAUCCUGCGCGUCAGAUGGCAGACCUGGCCAGUGAGUUUGUAGGUGCAAUCACCCAGGCCCUACGUCAGUGGCAGACCUCCCAGGUCGAGGAUAGUAACGCUGGCAUCAGACAGCUGGCUGCACGCCAGUCAUCCACCAGCAGCAAGCUGCCAAUCUUCUCUGGCAAGCCGGAGGAAUGGCCCGCGUUCCUCGCGCUGUACCGAAGCAGCACGGAGCAAUGCGCAUACUCAAACGCAGAGAACGUCCAGCGCUUGCAGACCUGCCUGAAGGGACCAGCCCAGGAGGCAGUACAGCUGCUCCUGGCCGUGCCAGACAAUGUAGACGAGGCCAUCCGGACACUGGAGCGUCGUUUCGGCCGGCCGGAAUUGGUAGUGAAACAGCUAAUCGAGCAGGCCAAGGCGCUGAAGCCAGCCAGAGCAGAGGACACGGACGCCCUGCACUCCUUGGCCACAUCUGUGAGGAACAUCGUCCUCACUAUGAAGCUGCUAAAGAGCCAUGGCCACAGGAACAACCCUGCGCUCCGUGAUGAGCUGGUGGCCAAGCUGUCGCUCCCCCAUCGAAUGCAGUGGGGCGAGUAUGUGAAGGCCAAGGGCCUUAGUACGGAUGAACUAGACCUUGGUGUUUUGUCUGAGUGGUUGGCCGAACGAGCGGAAGCCGCCUCUCUGGUGACACCAACCUCCACCAAGACGGCCGCCGUUCAGCCAACCCCACCGCCUAGAAGGUCAACGACCCUGGCCGCAGUAACAGCGGACACUACCCGCGACGCCACCUCUGACUCCCCAAGGAAGAAGAAGAGCUGCAGGAAGUGCAUGGAAGAGCACGCAAUGGCGCAGUGCAAGGAGUUCCAACAGCUACCCGUCCAGAAGCGAUCAGAGCUGGUGCGCCUCUUGGGCCUGUGUGUGAACUGUCUACAGGACGGCCACUUCACCAGAAAUUGCACCUCGAGCCACUGCAGGAAGUGCAAAGGCAAGCACAACACGCUGCUCCACAGGGACGACUCUGACAGGCCUAGCAGCGGUAGCCAACAAAACGCCGCUCGCACCAACACCGCGAAUAUGGCUUCUGCAGCGAGCGCCCUGCAUGCCAAAAUCCCAGCAAACCUACCAGCUCUGAUGACGACUGUGGGGACAGUGAGAUGUGGAGACGUCGAGCUACAAGCAACGAUCAUGCUGGAUUCUGGGUCCACCUGCAGCUUCAUCACCACCGACAUGGCUGAGAAGCUGAAUGUCCCACCCGGUGAGACCACGUCCGUGCGCACGACUGUUCUCGGUGGCAGCUGUCUGCAGCACGAGUCCAGGAUCGCUCCCAUAGAGAUCUGUCACAAAGACUCAACUGCAACAACCCCAGUGCAGGCGGUCGUUCUCCCUCAGAUAACCGCCGACAUGCAACGUGUGGACUGGGAUGCGCAGAAGGCAAGCUGGCCACACCUGCGCGGGAUGAAUCCGGAUACCCCAGCUAACCCAACUGUGGACAUCCUACUGGGCCUUGACGUUCCACAGUUGCACGCCUCGCUAGCCGAACGCCGUGGGCCUGGCCAUGGUCCAAUCGCAAGAAAGACACCACUCGGAUGGAUUUGUUUUGGUCUCCUGGAGGGGAGCGGAACAUCGGCGGAACCAACCGUCCACCACGCCACACAUGCCGCGACCGCAGAGCCCACCGAGCCAACCCUGGAGCUGAAUGCCAUGGUGCGUAGCAUGUUCAAUUUAGACACCAUCCGCUCUACAGCCACGGGAGAGACCAUGUCUCGAGCUGAGCGUGAAGCCGAGAAGGUGACUGACGACACCAUGAGCCUCAACAACAACCAUGUCACCAUUGGCAUCCCGUGGGUCGCUGAAGACAGAAAGCCUCACGUGACCUCGAACAGACCGAUGGCCCAACAACGACUGGCGAGUCUCCAACGGUCCCUGUACAAACGACCUGAGCUCGCAGCAGCGUACGCCGGUGUCAUCCAACAGUACCUGACGAAGGGGUAUAUCCGCGAGGUGCCCGAGACGGAAGUGCACAACGAUGCGGAUGACCAGUGGUUCCUGCCCCACUUUCCCGUGAUCAAGGAGGACCGCACCACCACCAAGGUGCGGAUAGUGUUUGACGCGGCGGCCAAGAAGAACGACGUCUCGAUCAACGAGGAGAUGCACGCCGGCCCAGCACUACAGAACAACAUCGUGAGUUGCCUACUCAAGUUCUGUAAGGAACCUGUGGCUCUGAUGGCAGACAUCAGCGAGAUGUUCCUGCAAGUGGAGCUGGCUGAGAGAGACCGCAGGUAUCACCGAUUCCUGUGGGAGGUCGACGGAAGAGCCAAGGUGUUCGAAUUCCAGCGAGUGUGCUUCGGGUGUAAGGCGUCGCCAUACCUCGCCGGAAAGGCCGUCCAGGCUGUUGCGGCCACCUAUGCCGCCGAAGGGUCACCCACACGCACCAUCAUCAUGGACAACCUCUAUGUGGACGACCUACUCGCGUCUGCGCCAACGCCAGAGGCGGUGGUGGGCCUACGUACUGACGUCCAGGAGACACUGGCCAAGGGAGGCUUCCAUCUAUGGAAGUGGAUGUCGAACAGUGCAGAGGUCAUGAAGUUUGUGCCAGAAGCCGACCGGGCGCCGAACACGCUGAUCUCGGUAGCUGACCACCAACACCCCACGCUACCCUGCGUGAAGACGCUAGGAGUCGCCUGGGAUGCUGAGAGCGACCAUUUCACGUUCAAGUACCAGGUGCCCGUCAUCACGCAGUACACCAAGCGCACUGUCCUGAGCAAGAUGGCCUCUCUGUUUGACCCACGAGGGCAAGUGUCACCCUACACCAUCCGAGCAAAGGUCAUGUUCCAGGACGCCUGCCUCCGCGGGCUGGAAUGGGAUGAGGAGUUCGCAGAGCCUGAGGCUAAGGGUUGGAGGAAGUUCUUCGAGGAACUGCCCAAGCUAGAAGCCGUGAGAGCCACCAGGUCAUUCAAGGACCCAGACCGGGAUCCGGCCGAUGCAGAGUUCAGCCUCCAUGUGUUCGUUGACGCAUCCGACGCAGCAGUCGCAACAGCAGUCUACGUACGGGCGAGUUAUCCAGACGGCAUGGCUCGGUCCACGCUGGCCAUGGCCAAGGCUAAACCAGCCCCGCUACACCGACAGUCGAUCCCCAUGCUUGAGCUACGAGCAGCUGUACUCGGCGCCGAGGUAGCCGAACAAGUCGCCCAAGCCCUCGGCAUCAGCUCGUCCGACAUCACGUACUGGAGUGAUAGCCUCAAUGUCCUGUACUGGCUUCGCUCACACAGCCGCCGUUUCAAAGUCGAGGUGGGCAACAGGGUCAGCAAGAUCCAAGCACUGUCGGACCCCCGUCAGUGGAGGCACGUUCCGACAUCAAUCAACCCUGCGGACAAGGGCACCCGGGGCCUAUCUGCAGCCCAGCUCGCAUCCGAUGACGACUGGUGGCAUGGCCCGAAGUUCUUACGCGGACCCGAGAGUGCAUUCCCGGCGCGGCCGAUCGAGGUUCCCAGUAGUCUGCCGGCAGAGCUGAAGAAGCGAUCCGCUAUGUCGUUCAGCGCGGUUCCAGGGAGGUACCAGCUUAACCCCUCCAACUUCUCGUCUUGGACGCGGCUCAUCCGUGUCACCGCUUGGUGUCAGCGCUUUGUACGUAACGUCCGUGUACCGAGGGAGGCUGGCGCCAACAGACCAACACCCGCUCCACGACGCAAGUUUGGAUCUGCCAAGUCAGUGAACGGUAUGACAGUACCCGCUCUCUCCCCUGCAGAGGUCCAGGCGGCCGACGUGUUCUGGGUACGGAAGGCCCAGGAGGAGGUGUAUGGCAAGGUCAUCAAGCGACUGGAGUCCGGCAAGGAACCCGAUCCCAACGAGCCAUUGCUGAAGCUGCGACCCCAGCUGGAGGAGGUACAUGGCACAACCGUACUGACGGUCGGUGGGAGACUCACCACUGCACACCAUCUGCCGCUGACGACAAGACACCCCAUCAUCCUGCCACCGAAACAUCGGGUCACAGCCCUGAUCGUGGAUGACGAAGACGAGAGAUGUCAGCACUCCAUGGGUCCCAACCACCUGCUGGCCAACCUCAGCAACCGGUACUGGCUGAUGAACGGGAAGUCCGUUGUGCGACAGCAUCGCCACAGGUGCGUCAAGUGCCGACGAGGCUACGCGAAGGCUUUGACUCCAAUCAUGGGAGGGUUGCCGGAUUACCGGACCUCGUCACCACUUAUCGCCUUCAGCAAGGUGACCAUCGACUUUGCCGGUCCAUUUCUGACGCGCCAGGGACGAGGCAAGGUGCAGCAGAAGCGGUAUAUCUGCGUAUUCUCGUGCCUGCUGACCAGAGCGGUACAUCUGGAGCCCGUCAACUCGCUCGACACAGAUGGGUUCUUGAUGGCGAUGACCCGAUUCUGCAAGAGGCGUGGAACCCCGGAGUUCAUAGUGACAGACAACGGGUCGAACUUCACCGCCGCAGAGCGACAGCUGCGCGAAGCCACCUGCACGAUAGAUCAAGACCGCCUAACCACCCACUCCGAGCUGUGA